AUCAAAAGUCUUGCAUAUGUUAGUAGUUUUGUUUUGUGUCAUAAAGAUGGUUUUAAGAUAUUGUCGAAUCUCAGUAAGAAAAACAUCAAACAUAGACUACAUGUAUAGACUACAAACAAAACUUCUUUCCAGUGUAAACAGAAAUAAACUUCAAUAUAUUGUUAUUAAUUUGAACAGACUUUUCCAUACGAGCUCAGAACCUAAAUAAAUGCUCUCUGGCUGUUUACACAGUUAACAUUCUGUAUUAAUAUCUCUUCUAAAUUUCUUGAUAUAAACAUUGACUGGGUCGACACGAUGAAUUAUCAGAAGUGAUCUUUAUCUGCUGUUUCUGCUGUCAGUGUUGAGUGGAACAGGUCAUAUCCUGUCUCUCUAAAACUCCUCCCAUUAAGGAAGUACAGAGUCCGAGACGACUGCAGUCCUUUUGCAGUGUUCUGCUCUGGUGAGUUUAGUUUUAUUCUCGGUUUAUGGAGAAUUCUGAGUCUCAUUUUCAGCUCUGUGAAAGGAAGUGAUUACUAACUGGACCUGCAAACUCGUAUAUUAACUUUAAACAAACCUGAAAUCAGGGUGUGAUUACUUUUGAUCAAAGUGAAAGUGAAUCUGAACAUUCGGACCGGAGAGAACAACAGCAGCAGCAGAAUAAAAUGGCUUCUAAGUUUUCAGAGGAGGAGUUCUCUUGUCCUGUGUGCUGUGAAAUCUUCACGGAUCCUGUUCUCCUGCGCUGCAGUCACAGUGUGUGUAAAGUGUGUUUGCAGAAGUUCUGGGAGAACAAAGGAUCCAGAGAAUGUCCUGUUUGUAGGAGGAAGUCGUCUAUGGAGGAUCCUCCCAUAUGUCUGGCCUUAAAGAACCUGUGUGAGACUUUCUUACAGGAGAGAAGUCAGAGAUCUUCAUCAGCGUCUGAAACAGUCUGCAGUCUGCACAGUGAGAAACUCAAACUCUUCUGUCUGGAUGAUCAACAGCCGGUGUGUUGGGUGUGUCGGGAUUCAAAAAUACACACCAACCAUAAAUUCUGCCCCAUUGAUGAGGCAUUAACAGACUGUAAGGAGGAGCUGAAAACUGCUCUGAAGCCCCUACAGGAGAAACUGAAGAUCUUUAAAGACUGUAAACUGCACUGGAGUCAGACUGCAGAACAUAUAAAGAUUCAGGCCCAACACACAGAGCAGCAGAUUAAGGAGGAGUUUGAGAAACUUCACCAGGUUCUACGAGAUGAAGAGGCAGCCAGGAUAGCUGCACUGAGAGAGGAAGAGGAGCAGAAGAGUCAGAUGAUGAAGGAGAAGAUUGAGAAGCUGAGCAGAGACAUAUCAUCUCUUUCAGACACAAUCAGAGGCGUAGAAGAGGAGAUGAGAGCCGAAGACGUCUCGUUCUUACAAAACUACGAGGCCACAGUGAGAAGAGCUCAGUGCACACUGCAGCAUCCAGAGGAGCUUUCAGGAACACUAAUCCAUGUGGCAAAACAUCUGGACAACCUGAAGUUCAGAGUCUGGGAGAAGAUGCAGGACGCGGUCCAAUACACACCUGUAACUCUGGACCCCAACACUGCUCAUCCUAAACUCAUUGUAUCUGAUGAUCUGACCAGUGUGAGAGUCAGUGGUGAGAAACAGAAGCUUCCUGAUAAUCCAGAGAGAUUUGAUUAUCGUUGCUGUAUCCUGGGCUCUGAGGUCUUUAACUCAGGGACACACUGCUGGGACGUUGAAGUAGGAGACUGUACAGUGUGGUAUGUGGGUGUGAUGACAGAAUCUGCUCAGAGGAAGGGAAAGAUAUUCUCCAGAAGUGGAAUCUGGUAUGUGUGGUAUUAUGGUGGUAAAUAUGGAACAUGUUCUACACCACAGUCACCCACUCUCCUCUCAGUAACACAGAAUCUCCAGAGGAUCAGAGUGCAGCUGGACUGGAACAGAGGAAAGCUGUCGUUCUCUGACCCUCUCACUAACACACACAUACACACUUUCACACACACAUUUACUGAUAAAUUACUGCCAUUUAUAAGAGUUACUUGUAAUAAAUCUCCUGUAAAGAUCCUCCCACUUCAGUGCUCUGUAAGAGUGAAUCAGAUCAGUUAGAGCUGAUAUUGUUUUAUUCCAAUUCAUUAAUGAAAUAUUGCUGAUGAAAAGAUUCAUGUUCUCUGUGAAAGUCUGUUUUUACUGAACACUUCAUUGUGGAAUUUAUUUUGAAGUGUUAUAUUAUUAUUUCGACUCACCUUAACAAUUACAUCAAAAUAAUAAGAUAAUAUCUGGAAUAUUAAUAUAUCUUGAAAUUCCAAGUUAUUAAAUGAAAUUUUUAAAGUGAAAAUAACGACCUACUGUGUUGAAAUAAUGAAUUAUUAAAUAAAAAUAAUGUGAUAAAGUUCAAAUAACUCCAUAGUACAUUUUCCCCACAAUGUUCAGUUCAGGGCUUCCAGAAACAAAUAAACCACAGAAUGAUGUGUAAAUGUAGAUCUCUAUGAGUUAGAUUAUUACAUUUUAUUCCUGAAUUUAAAUCACUGUAAAUAAACUGAGGCUUUGAA